UUUCCCUCCUCGUCGGAAUUCGUUUGUGUGCUUACUCCUGGGCCUUGCUUGUCCGGGGACGACCAUGGCCGGCUGCCAUUGCUCGCGACGCAAGCUGGGGGAUUUCGUGUGGACGUCGUGGGCACCAUCUCCGGCGGACAAUGGCUGGUGUGCUUCGUUCGUGUCGAGGGUGGAGGUGAUCGUCGGUGAGCCUACUGCAGCCGCCCUCGCGUAUGGUCUUGACCGUGCGGACAACCGACGACGGCGGGGCGCAUGAGAGUGGGAAAGGAGGGCGAUUUUGUAUGGUACCGGUCGCGGGCAGAUAGGAUGAAUAUUGAUGACGAGGCGGACGAUGGCGGGGGCACGACGGGAGGCGGUGAUUAGGUGUAGACAGCCUGUAUUUGGUGGACAAAGGGUGGAAAUGAGUGUGUUCGGUACGAUGGGCUCGGUUACUGCGGCCGCGCUCGCGUAUGGUCUGGGCGACUCGGGCGGCCGAGUGCUUGUGCACGUCCGGGGAAGGCAUGCGGUUCGGCGGGUGAGGCUGCUGCCUGCGUCGGCGGAGACCUGGCGCAGGGCGCCGAUUGUCGGUGGUGGACAGGACACGGCCGCAGGCGGGUGCUCGGGUGCAGGCAGAGGGAGACGUUCACCGAGCUUCGUGAUGAAGUCUGUGACGGCGAAAUGAAUAUGGAGCGCUCCGUUACGAGAAAGCUGACGGCGUACGGAAGUCGCAUGAGGAGCGGAGCGAUGCAAGGAGUGG